AUGGCCGACAGACUACUGGCGACGAAGCAAGGGACGGAUGCCGAUGCCUUGUCCCCAAGAGACGCGAAUGCCCAAUUGCCGCCUCGAGCCACCCUCGAAACCGCCAAGGUGAAAGCAGCCCUGGCUUCCAAGGUUGCCCAGAAGGAUAAGGAGCACCCACCUCCGCCUCCGUCCCAAGUAUACGAACCACCGAGUUCUGAUCGCAAAGAUGGCGCUGUAUACCAGGUUGGCAUGAUGCUGGGGAAAGGAGGAUUUGCUGUGUGCUAUGAGGGACAAUUACCCGGAAGCAAGAAGAAGCAUGCUUUGAAGAUUGUGAAAAGCAAGAUGCCGUCAAAAAUGGAACAGAAGUUUCAAACUGAGCUCCAAAUCCACUCCAAGAUGCGACAACAAAACAUAGUUCAAUUUCUGCGGGCUUUCUCAUACGACAGAUGCACAUAUCUCGUUCUCGAAUUAUGUCCCAACGGCUCGCUCAUGGACAUGGUCAAGCGUCGAAAGGGGCUGACGGAACCCGAGGUGCGCUUCUACUCGGUACAGAUUGCUGGAGCCAUCAAGUACAUGCAUGCCAAGGGAAUUAUCCAUCGGGACCUGAAGAUGGGCAAUAUCUUCCUCGACAAGAACAUGAACGCCAAAAUUGGUGACUUUGGUUUGGCAGCGUUGCUCGUCACCGGUAGGGACAUGCAAACCAUUCGUCGCACGACGCUGUGCGGAACGCCCAACUAUAUCGCACCCGAGAUUCUGGAGAAGGGUAAGAAGGGCCAUGAUCAUAUGGUGGAUAUCUGGAGCUUAGGCAUUAUAAUGUUUGCCAUGCUCACAUCGAAACCGCCGUUUCAGUCGUCGACGACGGAUGAGAUCUACCGCCGCGCUCGAAAUCGCGAUUACGAAUGGCCAAAGACUGAUAAGUAUAUCAGUCUAGAAGCCAAGGACAUAGUUGCUACCAUGCUCGUCGAGGCAGAUCAGAGACCGGAUCCUGACGUUAUCGUACAGCAUGAUUUCUUCCUCUCAGGAUAUGUCCCGCUUCCCGGAGACAUCACACCCCAGUUCCGUGACUGCCCGCCAGAUAUGGAGGAAUUCUACGAGGCAGAUCUCACGCCACAGAAGGCGUCUCAGAAUCUGCGCAAUCUGAAGGAGAUGUGUCGUGCCUGCGAAGUGGGACCUUGGAACAACACUCAGAAGGUCUACACCAGUACCUGGAGGGAAGUUGCACUGGAGGAGAAGGCUGGAUUGACACCAAUGAUCCCACUUGCUGAGAAUAUUGUCUACCGACCUUACGAUGAAAUAAGCAGAGAGCAGAAGCUUAAACAGGUUCCGCGUAUGCUGCCCCCACAAUCUUUCGUCAAGUCGGAGGACGAGUCAGCAACGCUGGUGCAAGCAGCUCCUUCCGGGCUGUUGAAGGCACCGCCUCAAAGCUUUGCUGCACAACAACGAGCCCAGAGUAGACCAGCCAAGGCGCCCUCGCUGGUACGAUCCCGCACCAUGGCCGAGAUGACUGCGCCUCCUACAGCCAACAGCACGAUGCGAACGCGUGUGAGACGGGAAUUGCCCCGAAGCAAUACGGAGGAUAAUGUUCUCUCGCAACCCGCAGAUGCCGCAUCUAAACCCAACUCGAUCCCCAUGAGGACACAGGUGUCUGUCUCACGACUUCAACCCAGAGAGAAGCCGGUGGAAAAGCCAGUGGAGAAGGUGAGACCGACGACAACGGUUCAGCCGAUAAUGGAAACGGUUGAGAAGGUUCAGGAGAGAUUGCCGCCCUCUGCGCCGUCGGUGUCCAGCAGCUUGGAAACGUUGUUCAGUCCCAAGGAACGCCAGUUCGCGGUCCCAGACACGAAGCCCGAUGUUGUACUCGAGCGCUUACGACAGCUUCAAGGCGAGUUGGAGAGGGCCCUGAACUCGAGAUCAAUGGCUAUUGUUGGGAAAGCGGCCACGCCAUCACCGCCACACAUUGUAGUCAAGUGGGUUGACUACUCCAACAAGUUUGGACUUGGCUACAUCCUCAAUGACGGCAGCAUAGGCUGUGUCCUUCGCAGCAUCCCAGGGCGCGGGAGAGGGGGGAAGUCAGUGAUGCUUCCCCCAUCGUGUAUCCUGGUGCGCGAGGCAGAACGACACUGUCAGCGGCGUCAUGAUGAAGCGUACGCGGAUCGUUUCCAGUAUGUGCCAAUGUCACAGCCGAUCCAAUUCUUUGAGAACAACGGCGAAGAGGGCCUGUCUAGUGUCUCGGUCCAUCCUACGCAGUUCAAGAUUGGGGUCAAUGCCGAUGGCACGCCAGGCAAGAUGCCUAACGGCAAGGACAUCCACGACUACCGCAAACGCGAGCACCUGAUCCUGUGGAAGAAGUUUGCUAAUUACAUGGUGGCUUACGGCCGCGACCAAGAAACAAACACGGAUGAGACUGGCCAUAUUCAGAUCCCGACGAUAUCAGAUCCGAAUCUUCCUCCGUGCGACGUCGUGACGUUCUAUCAGCGCAUCGGCGACGUCGGCUGUUGGGUCUUCGCCGACGGCCACAUCCAAUUCAACUUUCCCGACCACACCAAGAUCGUGCUCGACGGGACGGGUACUUGGUGCCAUUUCUGGCAUUUGCCGCAGGAGGCCGCGGAGAGACUGGCAGCGUCGGGUGAGCUUGAUGAGAAUGCCCUCGAUGAACGGGCAGUACUCAGCUACCCUUUGCAAACUCUGCUCAAUUUUUCCUGCAAGCCUGCUAUCCGCCCUACUCGCAAUGCCACACGAAAACGUCCCGAGAUCAACCCGAUGCUCCAAGGCAUACCAGCGGCGAACGAUUUCCGCCGCAAAGUCGACUUCAUCAAGAACGUGGUCAAAGAGUGGGUCACCAACGGCGGCAUGGGUAACAGUGCUAUGAGUCGGGAAAGGAGACUCAAGUGGACUGGAUGUCGCGAGACGGUUCGCAGUGGGCCCAGCAAACACGUUUGGGUCACGAUAGGAGCACGAUGGGGCGAUGAACGCUUCAGUGCUGUGGUAGACCCGAAGAAUCCUCACGAGCUGGGGGAAGACGUUGAGGAGCGAAAGAGGAUUCCGACAGCUUGA